AUGCCACGCAACAACCAUCCUGGUGCCGCAGAGAUGCCCAGCACACCCACCACGAACAACAUCAUCUCAUCAGCGAUGGAUGCGCCACGAGACGACACCGCCGCAAACGGUCACUCCGCCGACGCAAACGACCAUCAUCACUUCCGCUUCCUCGAUCUUCCAGCGGAACUUCGCAACCGUAUCUACUCGUACGCGACUGCACGCAAGAGCGGCGAUCUCGGCGGCUUUCGCAUCCCAGGCAUCGCUCAAGUCUCGAAGCAGAUCCGCAAGGAAUUGCUUCCGAUUCUAUUCGCCGAAAACAUUUUCCUCUGCCAGGUAUCCUCAGAUCUCUUGACGCCCCACUACAGACGCCACGGCAACCCCUGCAGAGAUUAUCAGCGGACUCGAGGGUUCGCAGGCAAGCUGGACUUCCAGGGCGUCGUGAGCGUCUUGCUGCAGUCCGCCGAUGGCGAGUCGGCCCUGUUCAGGAAUAUCACGUUCCAGGUCUAUGAGGCACAUGUCCACGACACCCACGUCCACGAUGGUGUGCAUCUUACGCAGUGGCAUCAACAUCAGCAUUUCUAUGGAUUCUUCGACCUGCACCUCGCCGUUGCGGGAAAGAAGCUCGACAUAUCUGUCGAGGAGACGCCACUUCAUCCUCGCCAUCGUUGCGAUGAGAAUCUCCCACUGCUGCGGAGAACUACGCUCAUUCAGGUAGAGGACAUCGAUGAGGCUGUGGAUAGAGCGAUCCAAGUUGCACGCGGCAUUGAGGGUCGAGAUGGAUUCAAGGGCUUCACGCUCAAGGAUCUCAAGGAAGUGGCUUGGGGGUUUCGGUUCCCUGACGAAUAA